AUUUCAUCUCGCUAUUAUUAUCCUUAUUUUAUUCAUAAAUUCCCAAAUUUCGUUUCAAUUUCUCUCUUUGAUUCUUCGUAUAAUUUGUCAUUAGUACAGAAUCUAUUAUUACUCCGCCAAUUUUUUUUUUUCUCCUGCCGUCAAAGGGCCAACCAUUCCCCAAUCAGAUUCUUGUUUCAAGCUCCAAAAGGUUUUACUUACUUGUCUCUUACCUUCAUUUUUUUAAUUUAGCUUCCCUUGAGCUCAUCAAUCAAUUGUAUGGAGCUGUGGAUGCGUUGUGUUUUUAUAUCAGUACGUUAAAGAUGAUCGUUUUGUGGGUAAUUGCUACUGGUAUGAUUGAUAUACGAGUUCAUCUCUAGUUUUUUUUUUCUUCUUCUUCUUUUCUUUUUCCCCCCUUUGUUUAUCUGCUUCAUUUCCCUGCCAUUCUGGAUUGCGAGUUUUUGGGUUCCUUGUGGUCUUAAUUUGCUUUACUUGAGGUGGGUUGUGAUCAGAUUUCAGGGAAAAAGUGAGCCUUUUUAUGUUUCGAGUAGUUUCUUUUACCUAUUUCGACGGGUUGAAAAUGGGACUUUUAAAAAAAAUUUUAGCAUUAUUUUUGUGGAUAUGAUUGAAGGGAAAUGAUGAUUAGGGUGGACCCCACUUGGAAUUUUGUUUGAUUGGACCUUGAUUAGGGUGUUGAUGGCCUAGAUGUUGAGUUUUACUGGUUCUCCAAUCUCCGUAGAGAACGAAGUGGCUCUAGUUUAGUGUAGUUGGCUGCGAUUCUUUCAUAAUAGCGUUGCUCAUUUGUUCGUGAGAUUCUCUGGCUGAUCUAAAAGAAGUCCCGGUUCUUACUAGAUUGCAUUUUCUUUUGAAUCGUAGCUCUGUAAUGGACAUUCGCCACUUUUAUGAAGGCAUGAAAACCCUUGUGACUAGUUCUGUUUUUUUUUAUUAGACCUUGAUUCAGUUUUGAUCUUGUCAAUGCUGUGUUUUUCUGGUUUUUGGCUGAUGUUACUCUAGUUCAGUUAAGUUAGCCUCAAUUCUUUCAUGCUAUUGUUGUGAGAUUCUGUGGCUGAUUCAGUUGCAAGUGCAGUUUAGUCUUUCGUGCUUUGUUUAAGAAUUGUGGCCUGGUAAAUGCAUCAAAUCACCAUUUUGAAUGCAAACAAAUUGGGGAUGAUAAUUUUGUUGUGUGUGCUUUGAUUCUUUACUUGUAGCAUCUGAAAAGGGAUUGUACCCUGUCCAUGUUUAGUGUAUGAAGCUUAUAAUCAAAUUUUACCUCUUAAAUUCUGUAAAGCUGGCCUUGCUCGGACCUUUGCAAUUUCCUUGAGAAAAAUUUCUGGAUCAUUUCUAACCAAACCCCAUCCUCAUGCUUUGUUUAAUUUCCAGACCUUAUUCUUGAAUUUAGUUGAGAAGUUUGAAGUUUUGAUCAGACUUUUGAGGUGCUUCCUGAAGUUCGGUCCGCGUAUAAGAUUCCAUGACAUCUAUUAUCGCCAAAUUAAUCACUUUCUUUAGUGCCGGGAUUUAGUAAUUUCCAUUCAAAUUUAUCAAAAAUAGGCAAAACAAAUCCCAUUACUUAAUUUAUCCUUCACUGGGGCACUGCGAGGUUUAAUUGCUUUCCAUUUCAGCCCACUUUUUCAAGUACUUUUUUUUAAUCUCCUAAAUAUGUCCUUUUUCUUACUUAAAACUUGCAAAUUAUAAAAUUUGCUAUGUUGUUUCUUUUGCCGGGAGCAUGAACCCCAUAUUUACCUUAGUGUAGUUUACAUAUAUAUAAAAUUUUAUGUGCAUAUAUGUUGUAAAGGUGAAAUGCAGAUUGGACAAAUUGUGCUUUGGUACAUGAUGGUUGCAAUUGGUGAUCAUAGGAGUCUGUUGCGAUUAACAUAUAUUAAUGUGGUAAAAAUUUUUGACUCGAUUUGAGCUCAUGGACAUGAAACCAUUUGAAUAGAGUAUAAACUGUUUAACAUGUAAUUGCCUGUAUAUAACCAUUCAGAAACAUGAUUGCUUUGGCAUUGUGGAUGUGAAUUAUACCUUCUAUUAUAUGUCCAUGUUUAUUUCCUUUUAUUCUCUUGUAGCUAUAUCAACUUCGAUUCAUAUAAUGAUUUUUCGUUUAACUUUAGCAGGUCCCGAUUAUUGAGUAAAAACACUAUUACUGGUGUCAGAAGUUGGCUUUAGCAGGACAAUAUUUAAUUCUUACACAAAGCUUGCUUCAAAGAGGUGACAUUGGCUUGCGGAGUUGUUUUGUAUUUUAUGGACAGAGAUGGAUGCUAGAUCUUCAAUAUUCAUUCCUAGAACUAGUGAAAAUUUCAGUAACAUGGCAGCUUCUGUGGCGACUUCUGCAUCUUUGCCCAAUUUGCCUACUCCUUUCAUUGAGAAGUACCCUAAAAUGCCAGAUUCCGUUCAGGUCACCUCGGAGCAAGAACUGAAAGCAAAUUCACAUUCUUCUUGUCAGGCACCAUUGGCUACCAGAAGUGGGGCAGUUGGACAUCAUUUUUCGUCCAAUUCUGGGUUUUCAAGGGAUAGUAAAUUUUCUCCCGUGACACUUACACCACAAGGCAUUCGAUCACCAAAUUACCCCUUCCUAUCGAGGUCUACCAAUUGCAAAACAUCUUUAGGAAACAGUCAGUCAUCCUAUUCAGGAGUUCAAUCUCCUCCUAUGGAAAGCUACCACUUAGAAGACAGUCAUCCGCCCUGGGGAAAAGAUGCUCUGCAAGACUUACCUGAUUUUUCCGGGACUAUUCCUGCUCAAAAUGGUCAAGUAGAGAGUCUUUCUGGUGUUAUGGCAUCUGAAGACCACAUUAAGAAAAAUGAUUGGAGUGACUGGGCAGAUGACUUGAUAUCCGUGGACGAAUCCCUGGACUCCAAUUGGGGUGAUUUACUUGCUGAUGUUAAUGUUCCUGACCCAGAACCUAAGCUAUUGGAUGUAACAGCUAAUGUACCUGCCCUGGAUCCCAAGAUUACCAAUCAAAAUGUCAAAUCACCUGGACAAAGCUGUCCUUUAUCGAGUCCAUCAUCUUCUACUCCAGUGACAAAACCUCGCAUGCGGUGGACACCCGAACUUCAUGAGGUGUUUGUGGAAGCUGUGAAUAAACUUGGUGGCAGUGAAAGAGCUACCCCAAAAGGUGUCUUGAAGCUAAUGAACAAAGAAGGAUUAACGAUUUAUCAUGUGAAAAGCCAUUUACAGAAAUACAGAACUGCAAGAUACAAACCAGAGUCAUCUGAAGGAGAAUCAGAAAAGAAGUCUACUGCUGUCGCAGAUGUAACAUCUCUUGAUUUGAAAACGUGAGUUCCUUCUGUUUUUAUUAGCUAUCAAUGUCUCUACAUGCCAUGUAAACUAAAGUUGGUGCCUCACAAACCCCACUUCCCACAACAAGGCAGGCAGAUGGAUUGGAUGUACUUAGAUUGAAACUGCUUAUUAAGCCAAACUAACAACUAGCUGUCAGCGCAACUGAUUCUUAUAAGGUUCCUUUGACUGGGGAACUUAUUGUCCUUCUUUGAAACGUUAUUUCCCUAAAUGUAGGACUCAUUCAAUUUGUUAUGGAUCUCAUAUUCUCUCUGGAUUCAAAUUGCAGGACUGUGGGAAUAACUGAAGCCUUGAGACUGCAAAUGGAAGUCCAGAAACAACUACAUGAACAACUGGAGGUAUGCAAAUAAUUGCUGCAACUCUGUUACAAAACGUUUUGGUACUAUAUUGCCUCUAUUUUUCUAUCUUCCUCGUUUGUUUCCAAGAUGAAAUGGAAUGGCGGAAAAAAAAACGCCUUUUUUAACUGGGGCUUUCAUAGUUGGAUUUACUUUGAUAUUUUAGGUCGGUAAAAUUUGGGCUUAAGUUAGAAGGAACCAUUAUAUUGCUCGUUUGGUUUCAAACUUUAUCUUCCACGGCUCCUAAGCUUAGAUUAACUGCUCCUGGGUGGUGAUGCUUUUAAAACUUAUGGCUGCGUAAUACAAAAUGCCAUUUAUAUGUAUUAUACAGCACACAUGACACACACUUGUGCUCAAACUUUGUUUCACUCGGACCAUUUUUUAAAUGUUUGGGUACGGGGACCCAAUCUUCGCUUCUUUCUGGAGAUGCAGUAGAUUUUCCCUCUCGAAAAAAGUAUGAUUUUCUGUGCUACUACUUCAAACUCAUUUUAGCAGGAAUCACAUAAAGAAGCAGCAACUGUCAGUAAUCAUCUUAAAUCUGGCGUCGGGUUUGCUUGUUUUCCCGAACUAGACUAUAGAUGUGUAGAAAUCUUUGAAGUGAUGGUUCAUCAUUUGAAUUUGCCACUUGGCUGAAAGAUCCCUCUUUCCCGCAGAUCCAGAGAAGUUUGCAGUUGCGAAUUGAAGAACAAGGCCGGUGCAUUCAGAUGAUGCUUGAGCAGCAGAAGAAGAUGGAAGAAGAAAGGACAAAGACGAAGACGGCAAAUGCUGAUGAACAUUCUGCUUCACCUUCCAGACCAUCACAACCACCCGCCAGUGAUGACAAAUCAGAAUCCCUGGAGAAGGAUAAUAAGAAUGAACUAGCAAUGUCAAAUGAGGCUGGUGCAUCCUCUGAACAAACCCAAAGUCCAAAUAAGAAGCAGAAGUCCCCUGAAAGACAAGCAUCAAAGGAUGACGACCAAGAGACUAGUGUGCCCCCUGCGAAACGUGCAAAACCUGACGAAACAUCAAACUCAUAAAAUUAGUGUUGUAGUGUAGUGUAUGGUUUAUCGUGAUAUGGAAACGGAGGAUGAUGUCAACUAUUGUGCAGAUUGAUACUGGCUUGAACAUCAGUUUCGUUCUUCGUAAUGCUCCUUUUUCAUGUUUGUUGGGUCCCGGAAAGGGCUUUCCAAGCAACAGCGGGCAUGCACAUUUUUUCUUUAGGAUUCUCUUCUAGUAACCAAUUAUGAUCAGAUCAGAUGAGAGUCUCAUCCAAAUUGUGGAUCAUGAGAUUGCCAAAUCUUCCACUGCUGUAAAUAUUAUUGCUUCCAUGUAACUGAUUCUCAGAUGAGAAGAUGUCCUCAGAUACAAUAUUUUGAUAUCCAGUUCUUUAGAAGAUUAAACAUUAAGCCGGAUUUAAGACUUUUUCUUUGUUUUUUCAAACAAAAAGAAGUAAAGCAUAAUGCUGAUCUGCAUCUUAUUCAAACUGCAGCAUCAGUUUCCAACAAGAACUGUCUUCCAAAACUUCU